UCGUCUCCCGUUACUUCUUCUUGUUGUUGCCUCAUUUUCACGCUUCAGCUCCCCUUCCCAUCUCCGCUGGUCGUCCUCAGGUGACUUUCAAGGAAAUAGAGAGAACAGAGAUGGAAGGAGCAGGUUGGAAGAAGAGAGGAGGAGGAGGAGGAGGAGGAGGUGAGAAGAAGGAUCUGUUCCAUGUGAUCCACAAGGUUCCGCCAGGAGACAGCCCUUACGUCCGCGCCAAGCACCUCCAGUUAGUAGAGAAGGAUCCGGAUGCUGCGAUUUUAUGGUUCUGGAAAGCGAUAAAUGGUAGGGAUAGGGUAGACAGUGCUUUGAAGGACAUGGCAGUGGUUAUGAAGCAGCAGAAUCGAGCAGAGGAAGCAGUUGAAGCCAUUAGAUCUUUCAGGCACCUCUGCUCCAAGCAAGCACAAGAGUCUCUUGACAAUCUUCUUAUUGAUCUUUACAAGAAAUGCGGAAGGGUAGAGGAACAGAUAGAGCUUCUGAAGCAGAAACUGCACAUGAUAUACCUUGGGGAGGCUUUCAAUGGAAAGACAACAAAAACAGCACGCUCGCAUGGAAAAAAGUUCCAAAUCAACAUUAAGCAAGAGACUGCUCGCAUCCUGGGCAAUCUAGGCUGGGCCUACAUGCAGCAGAGCAACUAUGAUGCUGCUGAGGUGGUCUACCGCAAGGCUCAGAUGAUUGAACCCGAUGCCAACAAGGCCUGCAAUCUUGGGCUAUGCCUCGUCAGGCAAGGCAGAUAUCAUGAUGCCCAUCAUGUGAUCGAGGAUGUCAUCCACCGCCGGUUCUCGGGUUCUGAUGAUUGGAAGACCAUAAAGAAGGCUGAAGAGUUGAUGCAUGAGAUUGAUCUGCGGCCAGCCACAUCAACAUUAGAGAUUGAUUUUGGUCAAGAAGAGGAAAUCAUGGGGAGAAUCGACCUCUUGAUGAGUGAUUGGUCUCCCUUCAGGUCAAGGAGGUUACCCAUUUUUGAGGAGAUAUCCACCUUCAGAGAUCAGAUAGCUUGCUGAUAAUUGUACUGUUCCAUUUUUUUUUCUGUGCAUAAGAAGGUUGAUUGUACAGGAAUUAGUAAUUUUAUAUGGACUGAAUGCCCUGAUAUCGAUAUAAGUUGGCAGUGAGAAGAAAAAAAAAGGUUGAUUUUUGGUUGAAGCAAUUUUUUCUUUGUGCGUCAGGAUGCGGAUGCUUUUGCCUCAAACCACUUGUACAUUUAGAACACGGCUAUGAAUAUUCAUCUAGUUUGUGGAUGUUUCUUUGUCUAU